AUGGCCAUCUCGAGACUGGUAUCGUGGUUCCCCCACGUCAAGGCGCCCGCCAUCAUCAACGCGCCGAUGCUGGGGUCCGCCGGCGCCGCCAUGGCAACUGAAGUCCACAAAGCCGGUGGUUUCGGUUUCAUCGCCGCGGGCUUCGACUUCUCAGAGUCCUCGGCCCAGAUGACGGACCUAGACAAGGCCCUGACCCAAGCCCGCACCCUCCUCUCACUCCCGGCCGCGGGGGGACUCCCGCUCGGCGUGGGCUUCAUCACGUCCCACGAGACAGCCGGUCACUUCACGGCCAACGUCCUGCCCAUCCUGGUCCGCCACGGCGUCGCAGCAGCCUGGCUCUUUGCCCCGCACCCAGAGACCAAACCCCACGGCGAAAUCAUCGCCGCCCUCCGCGGCAAGGGAACGAGAGUCUUCGUGCAGGUCGGCAACGUCGCCGCGGCGCGGGAGGCGGCCGCCGACGGCGCGGACGUCAUCGUCGCGCAGGGGGUCGACGCCGGCGGGCACCAGUUUUCGCGGGGCUGCGGCGUCGUGGCGCUGGUGCCCGAGGUGAAGGCCAUGCUGGCGGCCGAGUUUCCCGACCGGGACGUCGCCGUCGUCGCGGCGGGCGGGAUCGUGGAGGGCAGCGGGGUGGCUGCGGCGUUGGCGCUGGGCGCUGAGGGGGUCGUGCUGGGCACGCGGUUCGUUGCGACGGACGAGGCGAUGAGCGCGCAGUUGCAUAAGGAGGUCAUUGUGAGGACCAAGGACGGCGGGGUGAGUACGUGGAAGUCGGAGUUCCAUGAUCGAUUGGUGGAUAAUAAGUUGUGGAAGGAAGGGUAUGAUGGGAGGGCGAUUGUAGGAGAUAUUCAUCGGGAGUAUCACGCCCUCGGCGGCCAGACGGCGACGGUGGAGGAGAGCCGGGAGAGGUUGCGGACGGGGUGGAGCGAGGAGGAAGGGAAGAAGAUGAUUGGGAAAUGGGCCGGUGCUGGGGUUGGGCUUAUUGAUGAGAUUAAGCCGGCUGGAGUGGUCGUUACUGAGGUGAGAGAGGCUGCGAGGAAGCGGAUUCAAGAGUUGGUUGGGUCGAUUUGA